AUGGCCGCCGCCGCCGCCAGGUCGAUGCUCCGCUCGUCCGCUUCUCUCCUCCGCGCUGCUCCGGCGAGGGCCUCUUCCUCUGCGGCGCGGCCGUCCCUUCGCCGCGCGCUGGGCGCGCCCCCUCGCCUCCUCAGGUCGCCCGUCGAGGCGAGCUUCUGCGUGGAGUCGCUGCUGCCACUGCACAGCGCCACCGCAGCGGCGCGGAUGACAUCUAUGCUGGCCGUGCCUGGCCGAGGCCUCGGGUGGCUCACGGAAGGAAUGAUAAUGGUUCCUAUUAUUGGAGGAUUUCCUGUAAACUUAGUGAUUAAGGCUCCUAAUUCCACCGGAAAGAAUGAAUAUGUUCAUAUUUUAGUUACAUGA